GGGAAUCUAACAGAAGCUUGAAAGUGGAUUCACGCUGUAUCCGUUGCCAGCAAAUGCCUAACGAGUGUUCGCGGGUGAAGAAUCUAGCCGCAAAACGUGUUACCGUACGGUGCUACUGGGUUGUGGUGCUUGACAAAGGGUAAGAUGGCCCCGAACCUGCACGAGGUGGAGUCCGCUCCGCUGCUGCUGGAUGAGAAUAACAACCGUAAUGAUCAGAGAGUGAAGCCGACCUCGCCGUUGGACGCAGCUCUGAAUGGUAGCAGGAAGUUUUACGGAUCAACCAACGGAAAUUCGUGGCAGAAGAUCGAACGGUACGAUCCGCUCCAGCAUCGCAAGCUGGAGAAUCCGACCACCAAUCUGGACACGUUGAUGCACAUUUUGAACGGAAAUCUGGGCACCGGAAUACUCGCGAUGCCAGAUGCCUUCAAGAACUCCGGCCUGUACUUGGGACUGUUCGGAACGAUGAUCAUGGGUAGUAUCUGUACCCACUGUAUGCACAUCCUGGUUCGAUGCGCUCGGGAGCUCUGCAGCCGCUACCAGGUUCCGUCGAUGUCGUUUGCCGAGGUUGGUCAAAACUGUCUCGAAUGCAGCGGGCUACCUCGGCUGGGACGCCUGAUCGGAUUCAUGAUCAACAGCUUUCUGGUCCUGAUGCAGAUCGGGUUCUGCUCCGUGUACUUCCUCUUCGUGGCCGUCAACAUCCGGGACUUUCUGGAGUACGCCUCGAUCCAAACGGACGUCUUCACCGUCCUAGCCGGGAUCCUCAUCCCGAUGAUCGCCCUCAACAUGAUCCGCAGCCUCAAACUGCUCGCCCCGACCUCCAUGGUCGCAUCCGUCCUCGCCAUCUCCGGCAUCACCAUCUCGUUCGUCUUCCUGCUGCAAGACCUUCCCCGGACCACAACCGUCAGCGCGGUCCAAAGCUGGAACACGCUCCCGCUCUACUUCGGCACGGCCAUGUACGCGAUCGAGGGAAUCGGCGUGCUGCUUCCGCUGGAGAGCAACAUGAAGACCCCGCGGGACUUUUGCCGCUGGAACGGUGUGCUCAACACCGGAAUGGCCAUCGUCGUGACGCUGUACACCGCGAUCGGAUUCUACGGCUACCUGAAGUACGGUGACGCUGCCCAAGGCAGCAUCACGCUGAACUUGCCCAGCGAAGUGUUCUUGGGUCAACUGGUCCGUCUGCUGAUGGCCGUCGCCGUGUUCGCGUCGUACGCGCUCCAGUUCUACGUCCCAAUGUCCAUUCUCAGUCCCGUAGUCCGGCGCCAGUUCGGAUCCCGGGACGCCCAGGACUGCGUCGAGUACACCGUCCGGAUCGCGCUCGUUCUGGUGACCUUCACCCUGGCCGCGAUCAUCCCAAAUUUGGGGGCUUUCAUCUCGCUGGUCGGCGCCGUCAGCACGUCCACGCUGGCACUGGUCUUCCCACCGUUGAUCGAGAUCGUUACGUUCUGGCCGGGCCGACAGUACGGCCGCUGGAACUGGAUCUUCUGGAAGGACGUCGCGAUCGCGUGCUUCGGGAUGAGCGGAUUUUUGAUCGGGACGAGCACCAGCGUGACGCAGAUCGUCACCAAUUGGGAGUAGUGUUUGUAUUAGGUUGUGAUUUGAAACGUUAUUUAUCAAAGUAUUAGGAGUUUCACUAAUAGUUGAUAAGCUGUUAUUUUAUUUA